AUGAGCGAGCUCAGAAAACCGAGAUGCAUCUGAGACAUCGGGCUCCUGAGCCCCGCGGGGUAGCCAUGGACCCCGGUAGCCCCUGAAACUUGCCCCGGGCUCUCUGACGCCUGCGGCCCCAAGCAAUGGGACACCUUUUCUGCAGUGAUCAUAACUUAUUCGGCGGGGACCGGGGACCAGGAAACAGGAAUAGCAAGGCGACAGCAGAAUAGCACCGAGGCAGGGGAAUGAGAUUCCGAGACUGGAUUGCGAUGCGCCGGCCUGGCACACUCUCCGAGAUUUAACUGAAGGCAGCACCGUCAACCGCUUUCCCCUCGCCUCUAACCCCCUCAGCCGGCCCAGAGCCAUAAAGCUCUGUUCUCUUUACCCAAGAUGCUCGCCCAAUCCAACGGUCCGAGGCCAACGUUCUGAUCUCCACAGAAGAUUUUUUUCCUUGCAUGGAGCUGGCCGUUUAAACAGAAAAACAGGGGUAAAAAAAAAAAAAAAAAGGAAAUAUACCCACCCCCAAACGUGCCUCCCCAGCGCCGCAGGGAGCCAACAGACACGCUGGAGUUUAACAAACAGCAAUACUCUUCGCGCUCCUGAAAAGCAGGGCUGGACGCUCUCCGUGGUGCUGAAACGCCUCGCAGCAGCCGCUGUCCGUGGUAUCCACAGCCCCCUCGCUCCGACUUCCCCUGGGGCUCUCCCUCCGAGCCCCUGUUCCCCGCCUCCCCUUAACAUCUGGAUUAUUUUUUUCAAUAGCGCUUUCUGGUUUUGUAAGUGCCAAUUUGAAACAUUUUUGCCCCCAUAACUCGUGGACUACAAAGCACAAGGACCUGAAAAAUGUACAGCUUCAAUACUCUUCGACUCUACCUUUGGGAGACCAUUGUAUUCUUCAGCCUUGCUGCUUCUAAGGAGGCUGAAGCUGCUCGCUCCGCACCCAAGCCUAUGUCACCCUCGGAUUUCCUGGAUAAGUUAAUGGGGAGAACCUCCGGAUAUGACGCCAGGAUCAGGCCCAAUUUUAAAGGUCCCCCAGUGAACGUGAGCUGCAACAUUUUCAUCAACAGCUUUGGUUCCAUUGCUGAGACAACCAUGGACUAUAGGGUCAACAUCUUCCUGCGUCAGCAAUGGAACGACCCCCGCCUGGCCUAUAACGAAUACCCUGACGACUCUCUGGACCUGGACCCAUCCAUGCUGGACUCCAUCUGGAAACCUGACCUGUUCUUUGCCAACGAGAAGGGGGCCCACUUCCAUGAGAUCACCACAGACAACAAAUUGCUAAGGAUCUCCCGGAAUGGGAACGUCCUCUACAGCAUCAGAAUCACCCUGACACUGGCCUGCCCCAUGGACUUGAAGAAUUUCCCCAUGGAUGUCCAGACAUGUAUCAUGCAACUGGAAAGCUUUGGAUAUACCAUGAAUGACCUCAUCUUUGAGUGGCAGGAACAGGGAGCCGUGCAGGUGGCAGAUGGACUAACUCUGCCCCAGUUUAUCUUGAAGGAAGAGAAGGACUUGAGAUACUGCACCAAGCACUACAACACAGGUAAAUUCACCUGCAUUGAGGCCCGGUUCCACCUGGAGCGGCAGAUGGGUUACUACCUGAUUCAGAUGUAUAUUCCCAGUCUGCUCAUUGUCAUCCUUUCAUGGAUCUCCUUCUGGAUCAACAUGGAUGCUGCACCUGCUCGUGUGGGCCUAGGCAUCACCACAGUGCUCACCAUGACCACCCAGAGCUCUGGCUCUCGAGCAUCUCUGCCCAAGGUGUCCUAUGUGAAAGCCAUUGACAUUUGGAUGGCAGUUUGCCUGCUCUUUGUGUUCUCAGCCCUACUAGAAUAUGCUGCCGUUAACUUUGUGUCUCGGCAACAUAAAGAGCUGCUCCGAUUCAGGAGGAAGCGGAGACAUCACAAGAGCCCCAUGUUGAAUCUAUUCCAGGAGGAUGAAGCUGGAGAAGGCCGCUUUAACUUCUCUGCCUAUGGGAUGGGCCCAGCCUGUCUGCAGGCCAAGGAUGGCAUCUCAGUCAAGGGUGCCAACAACAAUAACACCACCAACCCCCCUCCUGCACCAUCUAAGUCCCCAGAGGAGAUGCGAAAACUCUUCAUCCAGAGGGCUAAGAAGAUCGACAAAAUAUCCCGCAUUGGCUUCCCCAUGGCCUUUCUCAUUUUCAACAUGUUCUACUGGAUCAUCUACAAGAUUGUCCGUAGAGAGGAUGUCCACAACCAGUGAAGGGUCUGAAAGGUUGGGGGAGGCUGGGAGAGGGGAACGUGGGAAUAGCACAGGAAUCUGAGAGACUAAGGAAGAGAAGGGGAAGAGAGGGAGGGGGCACACUUACACAACUCUCUCUGCAAUAUGUGCAAUAGCAAAAUGCAGUGAUGCAUGAAUUUUA